GUACCGAAAUGUCCGUACCGAAACGUCCUGUACCGAAAUGUCCUAGAGCCCAAUUUAGACACGGCACACACCACGCCGAUAGGGGCACUGAACCCUAUUGUUAAGAUCUUCAAGGCCUCAGCAGCCAAAAUUCUUCAACAGUAAACUGAACGUCUUGACCGGGAAUAAAUACCAGAGACGUACCGCGAUUGGGCAUUACUUGUUGCCAGCUUGUUGCUUGCUGCCAUUCUGCAGCAGCGUACCACCAUGUCAAGAAGUGCUCACGAUUUAUCGCCACGGCAACAGCUGCCUGAAAUGUUCGUAGCAGUCGAGAGGAAAGACGACAAUAAUUUCGUGUUUAAAUGCAUGAUGUGCCUGCCCAAGGAGAAGGUGUUAUCGUGUUCAAAGGCGACGAACUCCAACCUCAGAAAGCACCUUAAGGCCCAACAUCCAACGGAGUUGGACAAAUUCGAGCGCCUGUUGAAGAAAAGAAAGUCAGUUCAGCCCAGAAUGGAAGACAGUGGCAAACAACAGAAGUUGAUGUUUGCGGCUCCCACAGUCUGCCAAAGAAGGGUUGACGACAUGGUAGUUACCUUUGUUGUUGACACGAUGCAACCUUUUUGUGUUGUGGAAGCUCCGAGCUUCGUAAAUUUAGUGAAGACCUUGGCACCCAACUCAAAUGUGCUAACAUGAAAAAUGCUGGUCAGCCGUAUCAACUCCGCUUUCGAUGCCAUGCAAGACGAGGUAAGGUCAAAAUUAGCAAGCGUGCCGUAUGUUACAGUCACCGCAGAUUGCUGGACAACAUUUCGGCGGUGGGUCACUUUCUUUGUAUAUUAAUUUCACCCAGUAAAAUGUGACCUGCAAUAGGUCUACAACUUUUCUCUUUUGUUUAUAGAGCAUACCUGGCAGCUACAGUGUCAUGGCUCGAUCCAGAAUCUCUUUUGAGGACAACAGCCGUUCUCACGUGCCGCCGUAUGGAAGGCAGGAUCCCUUACGAUCGCAUUGCGGACGUCCUUAUUGAAUCGUUCGACAACUUUGGACUCCAUGGCAAAGUAACAAAGGUGGUCACAGAUAAUGGGAGCAACUUUGUGAAGGCAUUCGGGGUGCUUGGGCAAACGGAACUAGCAGCGGAUGGACAUAUGGAGGACAACGACGCCACUACGGAUUCGAUCGACCUCACCACAAUCCUGAAUGGGGCAUCACAUGGUGACGUACGUGUGCCUCUUCCACCUCACCAUCGGUGUUCUGCGCACACGCUUAAUCUAGUGGCAACGGUAGAUGCAUCUAAAGCAGAAUCUUGUGAGAUGUCCUCGAGGCCACUAUGCUCAGUUCUACGUACAUGCCGCCAGCUAUGGAAUAGGCAAGGCCAAUCGGCGACAGCUGCUGAGACUGUUCAGCGGUUCUGCGGGCGCGCACUUCAAAGGCCAGUUGCCACGCGAUGGAAUUCUUUGUUUGACGCCUUGACUUGUCUGAUGGAGUUGGACAACGCCGGAAAGGACCUCGAUGGAUUAUGCAGGACACUACAAAUUCCACCGUUCCAGCGUCCACGCGACGUGCUAUUCAUAAAAGAAUAUUGUGAGGUGAUGAAGCCAGUGGCGUGUGCCAUUGACGUUGUUCAAAGAGAUGACGUGUACUUCGGCCAUUUGCUGCCGACAAUCACUGUAUUGAAAAAGCGUCUGGAUCACCUUCGGAUGACAGGGUUGAAGUACUGCACUCCGCUUGUUGAAGCUCUCCUGGAAGGUAUUCGUUCACGGUUUGAUCACCUCUACGACGACAGGGACCUGCUUCUUGCAGCAGUGGUUAUUCCACGGUUUAAAGAGCGUUGGAUUGACGAUGAACCAAGGCGGCGAGACCUGAUCGAGGUCUUGUCCGAAGAAGUACGUCGCCCGUGGUACAGCAGCUCGAACACAGAGGGAAGGUAUUCAAGCAGUGAAGCAGACAAGGCGCGACCAAACCAAGAAGACAUAGAAGAUUACUUCAGCUUCGCUGUACCUGUGGUCGAGGACAGCGGAAACGAAGUCGUGUCGCGGUACCUAUCCUGUUCUAGCCAUGCUUCGUUGUCAGUGCUUGCCGGCCAUCCAGUCAUACGAAAGGUGUUUCUCACGUACAAUACCGCACUUCCAUCAAGCGCUGCCGUAGAGCGUGUUUUUAGUGUAGCCGCCGAUAUUCUAACAAGGAAGCGCGGUAAAAUGACGGACAAGAACUUCGAGAUUCAACUGCUCUUGAAACUCAACCGCUGUGUUAUUUUGACGCACUGACUGUUACGCUAAUAAUUGUUAUUAAUGUUGUCUGGCUAUUCUGAUGCAUAAAGAUGAUUGUCUCCACUCCAACUGCGUUUCGUUCGUGUUCUGACGUUCAUAGUUGAACAUUUUGUCGCUUUCAGGCAACAAAAAAGCUUGCAAGCGGAAAGUAACGACCUCAGUAACGCGUUACUUUCCCACUCGUUACUCAAUUACAUUUUGGGCUGAGUAAUUGGUAACGGUAAUCAAUUACUUUUUUCAACUAGUAACGGUAACGGUAAUCAAUUACUUUUAUCGAGUAACGGGCACAAGACUGGUAGAGAGUCUUCAAUUGCGGCGGGAGGGACUACAACGCUGAGGGCGGGAGAGGCGUCAGGUGAAAAUCCGGGUAGAUCCAGUCGUCGGUACGGGCAACGGCGGUAGACGUGGUUGGCUUCUCCACAGUGGCAGCAAUGCAGCCUCAAGUCUGACGUUCGCAGUCGUUUGUCUUGCUGGUUCCCUGUGCGCUUGGCGGAUAGCUGAGUGGUGCAGGUUGGACGGGUCGUGAAUGCGCCCAGAUGUUGCCGUGCCGCGCUGCCGAUGGUGACUGUCGCAUUCAUCUUCUUGCGGGUUGGGGGUCCCGAUGGGCCGAAUUUCGCAGGUAGACCACGCUGUCUUUGACUCAGUCAUGUCUGUUCUUCCAGGUCGUUGAGCACGGAUUGCCCCGCACUUCCACCACGGAUGAAAACAGACGAGCGAGACGGCGAAUAAUCGGCGAACACUUUAUUCGAUUGUAUCUCAUUACGGCCGAUGUCUCAAUACGGCCGAUAAUCCUUUAAUCCCCAAG